AUGAUUGGAUGGACCAAUCUCUCCACUUUUCGAGGCUGCCCUCCUCGUUGCCCCCCCUCCCUCUGUAUGACCAGGCCCCCCUGCAGCCCCUACGCCACCCCAGACACCCCCACCCCUCCGCCCCUCCCUCGACGUCGCCUCUGUCAAUGGGGAACACAAGCCACCUCCCACAACGUACAGGGACCCACUCACAAUCAUAGUCCAGUGUCUCCAGAGUUCUCCCAGCCCUCCCAGUUCACCCCCGAUGGAGGCAUCAGCAAACUACGACCUGUCCGUGCAGCACCUCCGCCCCCCAAGCAGAAACCUCGCAAACAGACAGAGAAGACUGAGGAGGUGGAGAUCACACUGGUGUGACAGACAGACAGAGAAGACUGAGGAGGUGGAGAUCACACUGGUGUGACAGACAGACAGAGGGACAGCAGAGCACAGACUUGGAUGACUGAACUUUGAACUGGGCUUCACCUCUAUAAGCUUUGAACCCUUGGAACCUCCCUUCAC